UAAUUGUGAAAUAGAGGUGUCAUUUCUUAGGGAUAAAAGAACAGAUUAAUGUAUUCAAAAUUCGCAAUCGCUUUCAACGACGCAGUAAAGAUUAGCGGCAAAAGGAAUGAUUCAUUGAUCCCUAUCAUAUGGAAAAUCAAGAAGUUUUUCGGUAUCGGAUCGGAGAACUGACAUUUCAGAAGUGCGCGACUUCGCCAUCCCUGUAAUUAGAGAAAAAAAGAUGGAACUCAGUGAGAAGAGCUCGUUAGAGUCAGCGGAUUUGCUGUCUAUGUUCUUGAGCUUGGGUCAUUCCGACGAGAACUUCAUAACCGACUUUGUCAUAAGCUUCAUACUGGCGGGGAGGGACACGACGUAGUCAGCUCUCACAUGGUUCUUCUGGCUAAUCUCCAGAAACCCACAAAUAGAAAACGAAAUCCUCAAAGAAAUCAAUGAGAAACCGUCAGAGACUAGUAAUUCAGCCUAUGAUACCAUGAGAGUUUUAUAAACUAAAGAUAUAAAAUAUUAAAGGCCUUACUUUAUUGACUUGCAGUGUAAGUAUAUAUACAGGAAAGCUGAUAACACCACACCCCUAGUCAUCCUUAUCUGAAGGUAGUAUCAACAUAGGAUAGGUACAACAGGAUGGGUCACUUAUCUAACCAGAUUACACGUGAGUUACCCUUUGGUAUUAUCUAGUGACACAUCAGCUGGGAUACUUGUUUAUCUAUCAGACGAGGUGAAGGACAUGGUAUAUACGCAUGCCGCAAUAUGCGAGAGCAUGCGACUAUAUCCACGGGUACCGGCUGAUAAUAAGGAAGCAGCAAAGGACGACACACUGCCAGAUGGAACAGUGGUGAAGGAGGGGGAGAAGGUGACGUACCAUCCGUCCGCCAUGGGGAGGAUGGAGAGCGUUUGGGGGAAAGACUGGGCGGAGUACAGGCCUGAACGGUGGCUGGAACCGGAACGGGUCGACAAAGACACUAAGAAGUACUGGAGGUUUGUGGGUAGAGAUCCGUACAGCUACCCAGUGUUCCAGGCGGGACCACGAACGUGUUUGGGGAAGGAAAUGGCAUUCUUGCAGAUGAAGAGAGUGGUAGCUGAGGUUCUGCGUCUGUUCCGGGUGGCGCCGGCAAUGGCUGAAGGCGUUGAGCCUGUGUAUGUUUCCUACGUGACUUCCAAAAUGCAUACUGGGUUUCCGGUGAGGAUUCAAGAAAGGUCUCAGACUUUUAGUGACUCAUGUUUUAAACUGUAAUUAUUACUGCUUGUCUGCUACAUUAAUAAUGGUUUGAAUUGCUAUAUAGAUUGCAUGGUUGCCACGUGCAUUCAUUUAAUUUUA